AAGGCCCUUUCUCUCUCUCUCUCUAGAGCACAACUUCAUCCCACGCUCCGCCAUUCUCCGUCCGUCCAGGCGGUGAUCGGUUUCCUCUGAAGAAGCCUUCGAAGCCAUUGAAUUCCAUCUCCAAGUGAUAAAAGAAGCGAUCUCUAAGAGUUUGAGGAGGUGGGUCUGAUGUCAACAGCAACAUAUCCGCCUCCGCCGCCGUAUUACAGGCUCUACAAGGACUACCUGCAAGAUCCCGACUCGGCUCCCGAGCCGCCGCCUCCUAUCGAGGGGACCUACGUCUGCUUCGGAGGCAAUUACACUACUGAUGAUGUGCUCCCAAGCUUGGAAGAGCAGGGCGUGAGGCAGCUCUACCCGAAGGGACCUAAUGUCGAUUUCAAGAAGGAGCUGAAGUCUCUUAACAGAGAACUGCAGCUGCACCUUCUGGAGCUUGCCGAUGUUCUUGUAGAGAGGCCAUCGCAGUAUGCAAGGAGAGUGGAGGAGAUAUCUCUGAUAUUCAAGAACUUACAUCACCUUCUCAAUUCCUUGCGUCCCCAUCAGGCCCGAGCAACAAUAAUUCACAUACUAGAACUUCAAAUUCAACGCCGCAAACAAGCUGUCGAGGAUAUCAAGAGGAGAAGGGAAGAGGCGCAGAGACUUCUUCAGGAGGCCAUCGGAACAUUAGAGGGACAAUAGCCAACGACUGAAGUCCGUGCCUCUCCUUGGCUAGAAAUGUAUGAAGCUUUUUGUUGCCUUCACAUAUAUGGAGCUUUUGUUCCACGCCAAAUGGAUGGCUUGGAAAAUACUAGUAUGGGGUAGAGAUCGUCGAAGUUUAAAUUUAUUCUCCAUUGGGAUUUUUUUUUUUUUCAUGCACUAAGCAACAGGAACUGUAGCUUUAAAUCCCGUUACUGUCACCUGAAGAUCAGGGAAAAUGAAGAAACAGAAACAAGCCUAUUGAAAACCCGAA